AUGGACAGGCCUUUUAUGCCAAAAUACCAUACAUUGUCUGAAGUACUUUUGCAGCUGGUUGUCACGUGGAUGAUAUCACCUUCAAUUUUGUUCAACAAGCUCUCAGACGUGAAAAUGAAGCAAACUGAGAUGUCCCAUAGUUCGAGCGAAGCGGAGUCAGUGUUAAGUGGAGUUACCACGAGAAAUAAACCAUGUGGUCCACCAACGUGUUUUGAGUGUGCUGAAGUAGGCCAGACUUGCCGUUACUGUACUUCCAAGAAAUCUAAAGGGCAGAAAGCCAGGCUAGCAGAAGGUCAGGAUGUUAGGAUGAUCUCAUUAACAAGUAUGGGAUGCCUGUGCAAUUUAUAAUAUAAAAUAAAAGUUCCCGGAUGUUGCUGAAAAAGUGGCCAGUUUGAUCUUUGUAAAUUCAAUCUGACAAUCUGAGUAAUCUUCCCUCCGUCUUGAACGGAACAGGUUAUGGGCCCAGGACAAGGUAUGGGAGACUUCUUCUCGAUGGAGAUGAGCGCAAAUAUGAAAAAUGGGAAAUAAAAUUUCUCAGAUACAUGCAAUUACAAAAGUUGAAGGAUACCAUUACUGUAGCUGAAGAUACAGAAAUUGAUGCUGCCAAGAAUGAAGAAGUUUUCAUGGAGUUGAUACAAUUUUUAGAUGAUAAAAGCCUUGCCCUCAUAAUGAGAGAUGCACAGGAUGAUGGGAGUAAAGCAUUAAAGAUCCUUAAGAGCCCACUAUGCUGGUACAGACAAGCUAAGAGUGAUUUCGUUGUACACGGAACUGACUUCGUUAGUGAAGUUGGCACAUGA